GAUACGAGAUAGAGAAAAAUCGUACUUUUAAGUUAUAAAACUAAACUUAUUUAAUCAAGUAAACGUUUAACGAUGACAAAAUGCCGGACAAAUACGAUUCCAAUGCCCUAUGGGUCGUUCUCAGUGAGUACAGUGACGGCAAUUUGUUCAGCGUCUACCCGAAGUUGCUGGCCGAAUUGCUCGUACAAGAGGACGCGGCAAGACAGGAGGGUGACACUAGUGAAGCCGAGAGACUGGUGCUGCCCAGCGACAAGGAGUACCGGCUCACUCAGUACUUCAUGCUGGUGGAGAUGCAGAAGACAUUGGAUGAUGAUAAUGAUGAUGAUGGGCAAAAAAAGCCAAUGGAGGAGCCACCGGAGCUGUGGGCGCCAUGGAACCAUGUGGUGGUCACCAAGAACCCUAACGCGCCGCCUCCCGUCCCCGUCCGCGCUGCGCCGGGGCCAGCUUGGGAUAUAGAGCAGGUCCUGAAAGCCGCCCGACUUCUGUGCAAGCCGCCAAUGCAUGUGAACUUCGCGGACGAACAAGAAAUGCGAUGCGUCUACUCUCUCAUUUACGACGUGUUUAGAUACAAAACAAUACUGGAUCAAGGAAUAGAAGACAUAGAUUUUUUUGGCGACUAUCCAGAGCUUUCAGAAUACCGGCACACAACAUGGUUGUUCCUAAUGGAAGUAGCGCGGCGGCGAUGGAUGUCCAGACCACGGGCAGAGAUAGAGCGAGCGACGCGCCUGUUGGAUGAGGCUGGAUAUCCCUUCAAGGAAGUGGAAGCCGCCAUAUGGGAUGAAAGGGUCCACUUUGCUGCAGCCAUCGCCCGAAUAAGGAUAAAGAAUAGGGCUCUCUCGUUAGCGGACCUCUUACCGGCACACUUACGAGAAGAACGAAUAUCCGCUUGCGUUAACAAGGAUACUGUCACUGGAUGGGUGAACACUUUCAAGGCAAAAAAAAUAGCUCAGCUCAUUAAGAAACUCCACCAAUUGGGAUACUCAUAUAGCCAUUCUCGUCAGCUUUGCGCGGGAGAAUAUAGAUUUGAUCGUGUCUGUCCAAGAUUUAUAACGCUUCGUCCACCAGACAAUAUCAGCAUUGGAAAAUUGGAUUUGGUUCAGGAUGGUGUGAUAGUUCUCCAGGAACGCGAAUUCUGCGAAGGCGCAUCAACUUUGUGUCGGGCUCUCCGCGCCAACGCUCUGAUGGGUGUGGUUGCUCAAACGCACGCCUCGUCUCCACGCUGCUCCGCAUACCUCGCAGCACAGCUCAGGGAGUUGGCUGCAAUACUGAAGGCUGAGAAACCAGCCGCCCCUGCUACUCCGGAACUGGGAAAGCUGGUCGUAUUUGGUGCUGGAGACAAGGUGGAAAGCUACAUAGGUACCUUACAAGAGCUGGGCAUAGAUGCAUCAGACCUGCCACAAUCGCAAGCUUCAGUGUGUGUGCUGAGUGACCCCAUUCAUGGUGACACGCCAUUGGUGGCCAGUGCUCUUGACGGAGUCGUGGCCGCGCUGGCCACGCCACCCAACUCGUACUCCGCUGUCACUGAUCCUAUUGACUUGGUGUGCGGACGAGGCGGCGACUUGGCUAUGCUAGAGAUACUUACAGAGUCUGAAAUUGACUCGAAUGGGAGGGCGCGUGUUCAGUCCAUCCUGGAAGAACAAAGGAAGACACUGAAAACGCUGAUGUCUAAGCCUCAGAUCCAGUUAAUUUUAUAUGAGACCCAUUCAGCCCUGGAAGCAGAGAACGAAGCGCAGGUGACACGAGCGGUUGCCGAAGCGAAUCGUCUGGCGCGGGAGAGACACGCGUUACUAAAGAAGAAGAACAGAGACCACUCUACACCAAAGCACAGGGAAAUAGCGGAAGCAGUCAGAAAAGAUUCCUGCUCAUCGAUAGACGAAACUGAUGACAAGGAGGACCAAGUGCAUACCAAAGUGCAGGAUGACCAAUCAAAAAAGCGACCUAUGUCCUCACCCCCGAUGACUGCUCGACCGAAUCCCGAGGAACAGAACGUUCUUAAAAAGAGAGCAGAAAGCGCUAACGUUACUACACGAGCUGGACAUUUGACCAGCAAGACGAGACCCAUACCAGCGGUCAUUGAGAGCGAGCCUGUCCCCAGGGAUCCUGAUAAAGACAGCCCGGACGUUUAUGUACCCGAGUGCGAUUUGUUUGAAACCCAAAUGUUACCAGAUCUCGGUAAUGGUUUGGAUAUCAAUUACAUUUUGGAUCGUGACGGCUGCUACUUGGGACUGAUUCAAAGAAAGGAGAUCACCAGACUGGACGCCAAGUACAUGAUCCGCGUGGCGGAGGAGCGCGGGCUGUUCGGCGCGGCGCCGACCGCUCAGCGUCGCAAGGGGCCCGAGAAGCCUGCAGCUGCGCCGCGUCGCCGGAGACGCAAGGCUAACACGUUUGAGGUGGAGCGCGUAGCGGCGCCCACGUAUGCGUCGCUGUGGCGCUCGUGUCGACGCUUCUCUGCGCCCGCACGCUUACCCGUGGAACUCACAGACGAGGGCUCGGAUCCGCACCGCGUGUGCUCGCGCCACGAGCGUCGCCAGGCCGCCGCCGUCGCCAUCACCACCGCGGCGUGCUGCUGCGACGCUAAGCACAGACGGACAAACACGGUCCGGCGCGCAUCUGCUGACAUGACGACGGAGCCGUCGUCGGCGCCGUGUCGCAGGCCUUUUCCAAUGGUGGUGCACGAGUUGAGGCUCAAGAGCAUCUUGCCGCGCAAAAUUAUUGUGUGACACAUCCUGCAGAGCCUAUGUAAUAUGUCGCAGCCAUCGGGUUGAAUUAGCCAGCUAAUAGGUUGCCUAGGCCGUUCAAUAAGCCCCGGCAUAGAUUUUAUCAAUUUUAUACUAUUUUCAGAGUGCCUAGGGGGAGUUUUCAAUGUUUUCAUACUGUGACGAUCGCGUAAACGUAAACGCCAGUUGUGCAGUAGUGCCACUAGAUGGCGCUGUUUCAUUUCCUUAGAAAUUCGCGUUUACGUUUACGCGAUCGUCACAGUAUCAAACUGUCACUAGGGAAACAGGUGUCAUUUGUGAACUCAUGGUCAUCAAUAACCACGGAUUAUUGAUUAAAUUAAAUUGAAUUCUAAAUACCUAGAAUAUACGGCCAUCUUGGUUAACGUUGCCAUUUAUAACUUGGCUAGUUAUUUUUAACCAUUUGAAUGAAUGGCGCGGUUAAAUCAACGACCCGAUUGCUGGGACAUAAUAUAUGUAGGUAUAUCAGCGAAUUACUUUUUGUGAAAGUGUUUUUCAGGUAGCAUAGGUACGGUGACAGUUGCCUUAUGACGUUCAUAAUACGUACUAUUAUCGUGAAUCGCGGCAAACUUUCAAGAGUGAAACGAACUGUCACCGUACCCAUGCUAUCUGAAAAACACUAUAUAUUUGAUAAAACCCACACGAGUUGAUUAUUAUUAUGUACAAUUGUACAGGGGUAAUUCAAUAAAAAAAAAUCAGUGAAAAUUUAUGCCUAUGCGUUCAAAUAGGAUUACUUAACAAAUAGAUUUUAAAAGUUAGUUAAACGUUAAACCUUAAUGAUUGUUCUAAAAUAUUUUUGUUACCUAUUUUAAUCUUUUAUACUUACUUUAAUAUUUUUAAUUUUUGUUUUAAACAUAUUAUGUAACGAGUAUUUAACAUCUAUCUAUAAUAAUAAAAAUCAGUCAGUUUCUUCAGACUAGGUGGCUAAUAUUGGUUUAACGUCGCGACAGUUGCAAUUUGGCUAAGUCAUUAUACAAAAAAAGCGCCUUAACAGCGACACUCACACCGGGCCAGAUAAAAUUUUCAAAAAUGUAUUAAUUCUGUUGUAAGCAAGCAAGAA